AUGGCUUCACAAUCCUCAACCGCCGUGUACGAGUCCAACUCGUCACGACUAGACGCAAAUCCAUCAAGCAGCCUUAAGUCGAGACAGAAUCCGAAAGACUCUAUGAAGUCGACCUGGCGACGCGCCGAUAAAAGCAACUGGACAUUGUCGCACUGGUUCUUCGAGAUCCUGGGUAUACACCACAUCACCCUGGAUAAAGAGGUGCCUGUGCAUCAGAAGCGAGAUAAAGUUCCUUAUACUCCUGAAUGGCAGUUGCACCGUUGGGUGUUGGUGCAUUCACUCAUUCCGAUGGCUUUGCAUCAUGCCUAUGUUUUAUACACUGGCCAUAACCUCACGCCCCUCCAAGCUUUUCUCUUUUACAGCCUUGCCUUCAAGGUUACCGCCGUGCAUCAACUCCAUGCUCUUCGUCGAGUAGGUCACCAGACAGGUUUCUUGGAUGGUGAUGUCCACGAGAGAGAUGGAGUGCCUGAUGUUGGCGUCACCAAGGUCGUCAAGAGCCUCAUCGCCACGUCUAGCUUCCGCCCAAUCUUUACUGUUUUCCUCAGCUACCGCACCGCCCAGGCCCCUUCAUCCAUCAGCUGGGUCUGGCUCCCACUCGAAAUCGGCCUGUACGGAAUCGUGCUUGACUUUUGGUUCUACUGGUACCAUAGGCUCAUGCACGAGGUCGGCAGUCUCUGGAAAUACCACCGCACUCAUCACCUGACCAAGCACCCCAACCCGCUCCUGACACUCUACGCCGAUUUCGAACAGGAGAUCUUCGACAUCGCCGUCAUCCCGCUCGCGACGUACUUCUCCCUCAAGUUCAUGGGUCUUCCCAUGGGCUUCUACGAGUGGUGGAUCUGCCACCAGUAUAUCAUGUUUACCGAGCUGGGUGGUCACAGCGGUCUGCGUGUCUAUACGUCACCUCCCGGCACGCUUAGCUGGCUGCUUCGUCUGCUUGACGCUGAGCUUGUGAUUGAGGACCAUGAUCUUCAUCACCGUAAGGGCUGGAAGGCAAGCGGUAACUAUGGCAAGCAGACUCGUCUGUGGGAUAAGAUCUUUGGUACUUGCAUUGACAGGAUAGAGUUGAAGGACUCCAACAUGGAUUGGGAAACAACUGUUGACCUUCCGCUCCUUUGCCGAUAA